AUGGCAAAGAUAAGACUGAAAUACUGGAUUCUUCAUGGUCACAAACUUGCCAAGACAGUUAAGUAUAGAUGUACCAGGUGCAGAGUGUUUCAGCACAAGACAGAGACCCAACAGAUGUCAGACCUACCAAAAGAGAGAUUGGCCCCAAGUACACCACCAUUCCACUUCACUUCAUGUGAUUAUUUCGGGCCGCUAACGGUGAAAGUGGGACGUAACAAGACAUCAAAAUAUUAUGGUGUGAUAUUCACCUGCUUGAACACUCGUGCUGUUCAUCUGGAACUGGCAGUGGAUUGUAGUACGAUGGAAUUCAUACAGGUGCUAAGACGUUUCUUCUCUAUCAGAGGACAACCAACGAUGAUCAUGAGCGACAAUGGUACCCAGUUCAUAGGUGCAGAACGAGAACUAAGGAAGAUGACGGAAGGAAUGUCUGACAACGAGCUGAAGGACUUUUGUGCAGAGAGAGGCACUACAUGGAAGUUUGUAACUCCAGGGGCACCACAUCAAAACGGGUGCGCCGAAUCUUUGGUCAAGAGCUGCAAGCAUGCAUUGAAAAGGGCGAUAGGUGAUCAAGUGUUGUCGCCUUUUGAACUGUAUACAUGCUUAGUGGAGGUAUCGAAUCUUGUCAACCAAAGACCUAUCGGCCGACUUCCAACUGAUCCAGACGAUGGCAGCUAUAUCUCACCGAACGACAUGCUUCUAGGACGAGCUUCGGGGAGCGUAGCGCAAGGCCCAUUCUUGAAGACGCGAAAUCCAAGACACAGAGUGGAACUGGUUCAGCGCAUUGUAGAUUCUUUCUGGCAACGGUGGACAAGGGAUGUUUUGCCACUGUUAGCUCCAAGAAGGAAGUGGAAUGUUCAUCGACGCAAUGUCUGCAUUGGGGAUGUAGUAAUGCUCGCCGACAUGAACUCUAUACGCAGCAAGUGGACAAUCGCUCGCGUGAUUGAAGUUUACCCAGGUGACGACGGUAAAGUGCGGAAUGUGAAAGUAAAGACUAUGAACUCUGAAUAUCGUCGCCCAGUAACCAAGUUAGCAGUAAUCUACCCUGUUGAGGGAUACGAAGAUUAG